AGCUGUCUACAACGCAAUGUGCACGUAGCUCUUCCCGGUGGCCGGUCAUUGCUAUGAAAUCUCACCAUUGGAACCGUUUCCUAGCUCUUGUUGCUAUAGUAUGUUUAAGCGUUGAUGUAGCGUUUUCAACGAUUGUGGAAAUACAGCAACAUCAAGAUACCUUGCUUUGUCGACGGUGUGGGCAGGACAUCUCUGUGGCUGCAUACCUCAACAAUUUAGGUAGUAAACUGGCUCUGCGACAGAGGAAUGACACUAUUCUAGGGGUGAAACAGUGUCUUAUCCAGCUCUUCAAAAACCCUCAUGGUCAACAUUUUGAGCUAAUAACAGUAACAUCAGCUAAUAUCAAAAGUCUUGGUGAGGCCUUUGAGGAGCAUUCCUGGUUUCCAGGCUAUGCAUGGAGGGUAGCUGUUUGCCCUCAGUGUGGUGUCCAUAUGGGAUGGUCAUUUGAACAUCGUCAUCCUAAAGAUUAUGUGGAGAAAACUUCUAAAUUUUGGGAUGAUCUAUCCUCCCAUAAGGAACAGAAUAAAGGCAAUUCCAGAAUAAUUCACUCUUUUGUGGGCCUCAUAUACCCAAACCUUAUUGAGGAACACUAUGCAGACUCAUUGAUAGUGACACCAAAAGCAUACAGAAGUUAGAUGACAACACUUUUGAGCAGCUUUAACAACAGAAGUCAAUGGAAUAGUGCCUGAAAGUCCCUUACACACUUGGUUUCAUAGUUUUUUUACAAUUAAGUAAUAAUAUUACUCUGACUAACAGGCCCUUAAUGCAUUUGCCAAGCACUUAAUGACUUAAUGACCACAUAAGUUAAUGGAAUAGUGCCUGAAAGUUCUUGACACUCUUGGUUUCUUAGUUUUUCACAACUAAGUAGUAAUAUUACUUUGUGUGGCAGGCCUUUUAUGUAUUUGCCAAGCACUUAAUGACUUCUAAACCUGGAGCUUGUAUCCAUUCUGCAAAGGGUUUUAAAGCCAUCUUUGAUCAAAAGACUAAAAAUGUGAUGACUUCUCAUCCUAACCCUUUGGAUGACUAUAGAAAGGUCCCAGCAGGUGCAUCUUGUCUGAUGUUGUGUUUGGCGUGAUGACCUUAGUUAAGAUUCUUUCAUACAGGGUUACAAUAUUUCAGAUAUAGGAUGAUAUAGCGAGGAAGAUAUUGGAUAAAUGUGACCUUCAAGUGGUGUAUUAUAAAUGUCAAGGGUCAAGAAAAUCAAACACAGAGAGUUGGAAACUUAAUAUGAAUGACACAAGAAAUUAGCAAUUGCAGCUUUGGUAAAAGUGAAAAGGUAAUGAAGUCGUUAUAUAUGAAAUGAUAGAAAAUAUACUGUCUAGUGUUGUACAGUGCCAAAAAAAAAACUGCAACAUAAGUUACUAUUAAAAAUGGUAAAGGACAAAACAAAAGCGAACAAAAGUAAACUUCCUAAAGUCAGGCUUCCUGUGCAAAUGUUCUUUAACCCUUGACACCUUAAAAUCAGUAUUUAUAUUCUCCAUACUGUUCUCUUUACUUCUAAGGUCUUGACAAAGAGGAUUUGAUUAACAAUCAAGAGGUUGUUUAGUAGGUGAUCAUUUCCUUUAUUCUUGUGACCUUGAUGUUUGAUUCAGGGUUGAUAUUGUAAGGAGAAAUUAGAUGCAAGUCACUCUUAAAGUAAAAGGUUAAGUAAGUAGAGUACUUUAAAAAUAAAAUGGGAAAAAACAUUUUCAAAGAAAAACCAUAUGGUGUGAUAAUCUUCUUCAACUUGAGAAAAGACUCAAAAAAUUGUUUAUCAGGUGCAUAAAUAUGCAAACCAGUGUCCUCAAACUGUUACUGGUGGCCUCCUUUGCAGCUGUUGUUUGGUUUGUCAUGCAACAAGCUCUCUCCUCCACCAGAGAGAGUGCGGAGAGACCACCAAAAUGGUAAAGAAACUUAAAUAUGCAAUAAAUUUUAUUAUAAAUAUUCACUACCUUAAAGAAAUCAAAUGCUCUACAAGACUGUCCUUUGAGAGGGGGAUGAAAAGGAAGGAGGUUGAUAACGGAGUCUUGAUUUGUAUCAGAGAUUAGUCCCUCUUUGUGAAAGCCUGUCUGCAUCUCGGAACAGAUCAUCUCCAUAGACAAAUAUAUGUACCUAUU